AUGGCUUCCCUCCUUUCUGCAUCAAAGCUCGGCGCUGUCUACGAUAGCAACAUUCGCCAGCUCGUUCUCACGGCUCAGGUCUCUGGUUUACCUAUCGGAGCCCAUUUCGAGCGUGUCGAGGGCUUCGUCGGUGGCCUCGAGUUCUCUCUCCAGGGGUUUCCUGGUGGCCCUGGCCCGGUGGGGAAGCAACUUUCCGAGGAUGUCACGACCAAGUUUCCCAUUUCUCUCCCUAUCCCUCAUUUCAACAACAAGAGCGUCUCUGUCGUCACCGCCGACGGCAUCAAAACUGUUGAGAUCAAGUACACCGGACUCGAGGGCGUCGCCCCCGCCACUGGCGUAGACUUCACCACUGAUCUCAAGGUCCAGAGCGUUCCCAUCGGCAGCGUCCUCACCCCCAUCAACAUCUUCCUGCCCGCCGAUCGUGAGACCACCUUCACAGCUAUCAUUGCCAAGGCCGAGGGGGAUUCAAAGAUCUCCGUUGUACCCACAUUCAACGAGGAGUUCCUCAGACUCGUCAACGCCACUGUCCACAACGGCGUCAUUUCCUACACCUUCCGCUGGGCCCAGCUUCCCACCGGUGAGGGCCAGAACCCCCAGCUUAUCAACGUCACCACCACCACCUACAACGGCCUCACUGGGCCUGCCGCCCAAACCACCCGUAUUGUUCAGGGCUACAUUGUUCACUUUGUCCUGCUCAAGCAGUAA